UUUCUCUUUCUUUUCCCUAUCCGAUCUGGUAUCCGAUGUGCGUACCUAGUCUCUCUAGGUUACACUACUGUAGAAAAUCCGGGGAUUUUGUUUACCCGUGACAUUUCAAGAACUACCAGAGUAAUUGAAUCUUGUACUCUAUUGCAUAUAUGCUAAACAAGGUUUGCUAAAUCACAAGUAUUAGCAGCCUAUGUCGCUGCAAUAAUCAUUUUUUUAUUCAUUGGGUCUUACCCCGCCACUAUGGCACAUGCUAUUGAGUAUCCAGAUGCUAUCACUAAUGAGGUGUCUCUAAGGACAGCGCAGCUUGAACUAACCUUUGAGAAAUCACUCGCUUUGACAAAGCAGCUUAUCGCUAACGACAGUCUUCGGACGCUACGCGUUGAACAAGUGCUUCUGGAAGCCGAUAACGAUGGGCUGCGAAGCCAGUUGGAAAUCGCAGACGCCAGUACUACUGCUGCGCUGCAAGCUGAAACGAAUCUACAUGAAACCCUCAAUGAUGCUUUCAACGAAAUUACGCGUUUACAAAGUGCUCUGCGAGCCGAGUGUGAGGAGAUCGAACGUUUGAAAAUUGCCUCAUCCAGUGAUACCUCGCACGAAUCGAAACGACUGGCAGAAGAAAAUAAGCGUAUGGUGAAGGAGCUGUCGAGCCUGCGACCAGAACUCGAGCGUCUUAGGGCGCGAAGUGCCUCACACGAGACAUUGCUUUCAGAAAAACUGUCCCUCGAACAACAACUGAAGUCCUUAGAGUCUCAGCUAAAGAAUGAAAGACGCGCAGCCGAGCGCACACGGGCCGGGGAUAAUGGCGGAACAGCUGAAGAAAUAACCAAAUUAAGUAUGAAUAUAAAGGAACUACGAAAUGAAGUUGCCAAGGAAUCUAGUGCGAGACAGCAGCUCGAAGAAGAAAUUAAGAAGCAGGCCAUUGAUCGGAAAAACGAAGAAACGGCUCUUGAAACCAAACUGGAAGCCCUACGAAAGAAGCUACGCACGACAAAGGAGAAAUUAAAAGUUGCUCAGGAUGAACUACAGCAGCGUGGCUCUUUUACCAAAGACGAGGAUAUGAACGAGGCUCCCCUACGAUCCAAUGGAAAUACUCGGCAACAAGGCAGUUCCAAUUUCGAUACAAUGACAAUUGAUACUCCCGGCGGUGUCCAUAUGUCGCGCAACACCAACAAGCCCACGGCGCUCCCUGGAUAUAAAUCCGCAUUCUCUAUUACUCCUUUCCUCAGUCGUACCGGGGCUCCUCCUGACUCCCCGGACUCGCCGGAUUCUGCGAACGAGACGAGUAGGAGGCUCGCAAGCGACAUGGAUAAUGGGGAUGAGGAUAUGCCUGAUACAGACAAUGAUGCUAGCAGCAUCCACAAGCCUGCUCGUAAAGCGUCUGGUGCUAAGAAGCGCUCCGGUAUGGAGCGCCAGAGACCAGUUUCGAACGCAACGAACGCAACUCAGAAUGCGAGAUCAGCUAAUAACCGUGGUGGUAGUGUAGCCGCACAACCUUCAGAUGCCCAUGUUUCAUCCAAUGAAACAUCCAUGCCAAAGCAAAUAAAACCUAGAAAGCGCAAGCUGCUUGGUGCGCACCGAGGUGCAACUCUGUUCGACGAAGAAGAAGAAGAUGUGCAGGAGAAGAGGAAUGUCUGGAAAAGCGCUAUUGGAGAAAAACGGACCCUUGUCCCUGGUCCCUCAAAAAAUCACAGCAGCUCUGGUAUGGGACCCGACAUAGAUGGGACCUUGGGACCUUCAACGGGAUUUUCACCACUGAAACGUGACAGAAGAAGGCUGUAACUCCUUCUGUAUGCGUGGUUCUGUCUGGCAUAUAUCGGUUAUUCUAAUGAAAGUAAUAUAUGCUCGACUGACUGACCGCAGCAGUCUAUCUAACUCUGUUUGUUGCUCUGUUUGAUACACAAUAUAUGUGCUCUUAGUAAUGGAUCAUGUUGGAGUUUCCUUCUCAAUUUAUUUGAUAUACCAGAGUAUUAC